UAAAUGUCGUGAAAAAAUCUUUUAUAUAUUUAAAUUAAUUAAUAUACAAUCGAUCUUAUUUGAUCUUCAACUGUUCUUACGUAAACAUUUAUUUAUAUACAGAUAUUUUAGAAUAAUUUAUGAUUAUUCUUAAUAUGAGUUUAUCAUCGUCGGUGUGAAUAGUACCUUAAGAUGUGCCACCCAGCAACGGGUACAUUAUGCCAGUUUGUUAAAAUCUAUUUAUUCAUUGUUGGUUAAAAAUAUUAUAAAUCAUGGAUCUACAUACGAUGCCAAAUAAAAGUGAAGACGAGAUGACCGCUGCAGAAAAAUGGAGGGUAGAACAUAUAAAGAUGCACAAAGAACAUGAAGGCCAUGAAUCGAUGCAUGUCGAAAUGCUAAUAAUUUUAAUAGUAACAUUAAUAUUAGGACAAAUCUUUUUAAUCGAAUGGAAAAAGAGACAUUUUAAAUCAUAUCAGUUAAUAACAUUGAUAAUUAUGUGGCUAAUUCCAUUUGGUAUGAGUCUAUAUAAUCAAUGGUGGAGAUUUAUUUUUCUAUGGUUAGUUACUUCAUGUAUAACGGGACUUGUAGUAAGAAAAGCUAUUCAGAAACCAAUACAAGGUACAACUCCCAGAUUAGUGUACAAGUGGUUUUACUUUAUUUACAAGCUUAGUUAUGUUUUGGGUAUAAUUGGAUAUAUGAUAAUAUUAGCAACGUUUUUUGGUUUCAAUCUUGUAUUUGAGGUGAAGCCUCAAAUUUGGAUGGAUUAUGGUGUACUUUUUUUAUUUUAUGGCCUCUAUUUUGGAGUUCUUGGAAGGGAUGUUGCUGAAAUAUGUGCUGACAAAAUGGCUUCACACGUAGGAUAUUAUGCUCCAGGCAGUAUGCCAACAAGAACUUUAGAGCCAGGAGUAUGUGCUGUAUGUGGAAACAAGUUGUUAGUCUCAGAACACGAAGAAGGUGUUAUCGAAAAUACAUUUAAACUUAGCUGCGAACAUGUCUUUCAUGAAUUUUGCAUUAGAGGUUGGUGCAUCGUAGGGAAAAAACAGACAUGUCCCUAUUGUAAAGAAAAGGUCGAUCUCAAGAAGAUGUUUCACAAUCCAUGGGAACGGCCACAUGUAUUAUAUGGUCAAUUAUUGGAUUGGAUAAGGUGGUUAGUUGCAUGGCAACCACUAAUUCUGUUCCUAGUGCAAGGUAUCAAUUGGUCUCUGGGCCUUGAGUAAGUAAUGCCAUAAUUGAGUCGAAUUGGUUAUGUUCCAAAGGAGUAGCACUACAAUUGCUGAAUCAUUAUUUGUCGAUUUUGAAUACAAAUGUGCUUGUAUAUUUGUAUAUGCAAUUGUUUAUUAUAUUUGUUACUGGAACACCAACAUUUUGCUAAUGAUAUACGAAUGUUGGCGAUUAUAUUAUUUACUAUACCUAUUCAUAUAUGUAUAUAUAUAUAUACAUCUUCGUAUAUGUAUAUUGUAUAUAUAUCAUUGACUAUGUAUAUAUAUAUAAUAUAUACCUUCGUACUUUGCGUACAGUGGAAACGCCUGUGUUCAGGAAUAGAAAAACUCGAAGGUGCUUUAUUAUGUUAAUUCCUUUUGCACUUGAGAAAAAUUAACAGUAUAAAAAUUUAAAUGCAAAACUUUUUUUUUAUCGUAGGACUUCUUCGGAUACAUUUAGUAGGUAAUAAUAUAUAGUAUUUUGAAUAAAGAUACAAAGUUAAAUAAAUUAUAGUUCUUUCACACUUUUGUAUCUUUCUAGUCAGGAAAUUUCUAAAGUUUUGAAAACGGAGCGUAACGCAAUAUUAAGUCGUAAUAGCUAUAGCUCUUGAUAAUAUUUUUGUAAAAUUUGGCUGUGCACCUGGUACUUCAUCGACUUAUUUAUAUUUUUCAACAGUAUAUUAUUAAUAAUUAAUACACAUUCCUUGAUACAAGUACACGGUGCUCCACAUAUUUUUCAUAUAAAAUAUGUUCCCAUAGUUUUGGGAAUAUUCUAAUAAUAAUAAGAUAGAUGUGUUAAUGCUUUAAAAUUGCUCCUAGGAAAUUAUUUAAGAAUAAUAGUUUUCGGUUAGAUCAUAUAAAUACUUACCGUAUUAAAAGAACAAUCGGUUAAAUAAGAAAACCAUAAAUGUGAAGCUGUCUUAUACGGUAAAUUAAAAGUUAGUAAGAUUUUAUAAUAACGAAUGUGUGUGAUACUUUUCAAAAUAUUAUAUAGAUAUAAAGAUAGUUUAAUUUCUUUUUAAAAGUAAUCGAUAUCGAUCGUUUUGUAAUAACACAAUGCGUGUAAGUAGUACAUCCAAUAACGAUCGUUUUCACAGUUAAUUAAUCUUGCACCAGUAUAUCUGUCACACUUAUUGCACAAGUAAGCAGUUUUUAAUCCUUUCUUUCAUUCCUCCCUCCUUCCUUUCCCUCUCACCCACACGAUCAGUUUUAUGAUUAUACUAUCUAUAUGCAUAUAUACGAUUUGUAGGUUUCAAUCAAAGAUUCGUUUACAUUUUACGUAAACAUCUACGUUAAUUGUAAGAAUCGAUGCAUUGCUUAACGUAUCAGCACAUUUGUUAUUUAUUUUAAGUUUUCUGUUUUCAUCGUCGCAUUUAUCAAUUCUUCUUCUUGGGAAAUGUAGGUAUUAUAAAAGUUAACGAUAAAUUCUAUAUUCUUCUUAACAAAUAAUAUCGCCGGUACGAUACGAUAUAAUCUUACAAAUUGAAAUUGAAUGAAAAUACAAAUUUCAAAUACGAUUAAUUCGAUUUAAGCGCGACAACCAAGUGUCUCUUCCAUCUUCUAUUUCCCAUAAAACAUAACGAUUGUAAAUACGUUGAGAAGAGUAAACAAAAAAAUUGUAAUAAAUGGAAAGACCUGUCCAAAGCAAAUACUUCAUAAUAAAAUAAUGUACAAAAGCAGAA